AUGACAGAGCGGAUAACCAAGCCAAGAGGAAGAAAGAAGAAAGAGACGGCAAGAGCUACAAUGGUGAUUCGUGGGAACGAGGAUGAUCAGCCAUCAGCAGCCCCGCGUCCUAUCCUUCCUCAAGGCAAAGUCGCAAUCAAGUCAAGCCAGCCGUCAUCACCGUCAUCAAACUCAACACCACCUUCCGCAACCAGGGAUACUGAUAGAGUGGAGCAAGCCAUAGUAGCCAUCCGCUACCAGUACAGGCCUCCCAUAAUGAAUCAGCCCUCAAGAGUUUUGCCGGAAGCUCUAGAUACCGCUUUCCUUUCUCACUACGUUGAGAUGAACAAGGGUGGAAGUCAGUACGCGCCUGAAAUCCAAUGGCUCGGCCAUAUACACCAGAUUCACACCAACGCCAGAAAGCCUGCGGUCCGGUUGUCUCUCCGGGCAGUCUCAAUGGCAUACUUCGGAAAACAUCAUCACGAUCCGAGCAUUCUCGUUGACUCCUGGAGGUGGUAUACUGUAGCUCUGAGCGCCCAGAGAACAUCUAUAGCAAGACUGAAGAAGGACGCUAUUCCUGACGAAGAAGAGGUUUUGGUACCUCUCAUCAUGUCCUUGUACGAACUAUAUGUAGGCGCGACUGCAUCUGGCGCCAUGACUCAUAUCGCGGCUGCGGCCCAGAUAAUGAAUAUGCGCGGGCCGAGCAACUGUGGGUCAGGUGUCAUCUGGCCACUGUUCAAGGGCGUGCGCAGCUCUGAUGCGCAUAAAUGUGUAGUCUUCAACAGGACGUCGGUCUACUCCUCGCCAGAUUGGAUGACACUACCUUUCAUUGACAAGCCACGAGAUGCGCACCAAAGUCUUGCAGAUAUCGAGCUUCAGAUUCCUCCUUGUAUGGCCACUUUCGAGAUACCCGGCUCAAUGCGUGUGCUUUUCUCAACCCCUAUACCGUCACAUGUUGACGUCCGCCCUGCCAAACAAAUGGCAUGCAAGCUUUUGAGAGACCUCGACCAAUGGGCUUUAGCAUAUCCUCACCUAGCCAGCAUCUCCGGAAGCCCACGUGGAACACCUGCACCCAUGGAGAAGGGUACGUCGAAAACAACCAGUCCAGGAUCAUCUACUUCAAAGUCGUCUAAUGCUUUCGUAGCACUGAUUGCAUCGAAUUACAUCGCCGACCGCCUCGUCGUCAACAUGCUCAUGUACAAGAUGCACACUGAAUCAACCGCGCCGCUGGAGCAUUAUGAAAAUACGACUGCGCAUUAUUACGACGAAGCCACCAAAGCGGCUACAUCUAUCCUAGAGGCUGCAAUGGAGAUCGAACGGGCGCAAACUCCGGGCUUCGACAUGUUGCGCAGUAUCGCGCCGGUCAUGGCAGUCGCUUUCUCUGCCCCAACUUUGGAGCUCAGAAAAGACGCGGUAGAAAUGAUGACAAGAUGGGCAGGCAAGAUUGGCGGGCUUGGUUCGGUAAUCAGCGCGAUCUAA